CGCAUAUAUAUAGCAGAACAUGAUAAAGUUGAUAAAGUUUAUUAAAUUUUUAGAAUAAUUGAGAAAUUAGUUUAUAAUAAAUUCUGACAGUGAGUGAAACGAAAAUUUAUUUCAAAAUGUUUAUAAAACCAUUUAAAGUGAAAUCAAACAAUCAAUUGAAAGGUACUGAAAGAAAGAGACUAUGUGAAGAAAUAUUGCAAGCAUUCCCAAAAUUGAAAGACGAGGAAGUACAGAAUUUAUUAAAAAAGAAGGAUGCAAUUAGUGUUAUGAAAAUUGUCACUCACAGUGGUAGUGUCGUGAAAGUUUAUUGCACUGCCAAAAUACCGAUGUUUUUACAUUUUGACCUUCCGAAUUUACACGGCUAUUUUCCCACUAUUUACACAUUAUGGCAACAUCCAGAAUUAAUGUACAAUUUUACAACACGUUCGGUGGUAAUUUCGAAAUUAUCAAGUGGCGCAGAUUUAAUGCUUCCUGGUCUCGUUCUCGAUGGUCCGGCAACUUUUCAUUCUUUUGGAAAAAUGCAAAAGGGAACGCCUGUUUCAAUAAAUACUGACGACAAUAAGGCACCUUUUGCAGUUGGAAUUACUGCAUUGUCUAGUGAAGAUAUGUACAUGUCGGGUGGUCGUGGAAAAUGUGUAGAAAUUAUCCACGUGAUUGGAGAUUGUCUUUGCCAAUUAUUAGAUAAACCUGUAAUUAGGCCGGAAUUGGGGAAAUCUAUCAAGGAUUUUAAUACUUCAGUGGAUUCUAUAACAGACGAAUUGAAGAAGGAAUCGCUUUCGGAGAAAGGAACAAAUAAAGAUGGUGGAAAACUUUCCGAUGAUGAUUUAGAAAUAAAAUUAUCGCCAUCAAAUGACGAUAGUUUACAAAUAGAGAUUCCUUGCUCAAAUGAAAAGAGUCCCAUAGAGGAAAAUUCGAAUGAAAUAGUGGAUGAAAAUGAAAGCACAAAUAUGGAAGAGAAUAAGGAUCCAGUUCAGGAAAUGGAUAAAUUGUUAGAAUAUUGCUUCUUGAAAGGGUGUAAAAUGUCAAUCAAGAAAGGCGAUUUGCCGAUGCUCACGUCGAAUUUCUUUAAAAAUCACGUAAUGGCUGUUUGUCCACCGGGUCAGACUUUAGACAUAAAAAAAUCGAGUUAUAAAAAAGUGUCUGUCUUUCUAUCGAAAAUGAAGGAAAAGGGACUUGUCGAUACGUCUGUUUUGAAGGGAGUGGAGUCUCUUCUUGCAAUUAAGACUAAUCAUCCUUUACUUCAAAACCUCGUGAUAAAUGAAGAAAUACCCAUUAAACAGCAGGAAUUGUCAACUGCUCCAGUUAUUGCCGAAUGCUACAAAGUCACUGCCAAUGUCGUACCAUUACUUUCUCUAUUUGGAUUUGAAAAGGGCGACAUAAUGAAAAGAGCGGAUAUUAGAAAAUGUUUUACGGAUUAUGUCAAAAAAGAAAAUCUUCAAAAUGGCAAAAUAAUAAAAAUAAAUCCUCAGUUAGCGGGAAUAUUGAAAACCAAGGAGAGUCAGGAAACGUUGACAAUGGAAGAUGGAAUUAAUAAAUUUAUUGGAAAAAUGACUCACACGCACGGUGUCACUGUGGGAGGGACAACUUCAUUUUUUACUGGAAAAUUGGAACCUAUUGAAAUUACAGUCACUACACGAACUAAUAAUAAAAAGGUAACUCUGGUGAAUAAUUUAGAAAUAUUCGGCAUAAAAAUGGAAGAGUUCAGCAAGGAAUGUCAAGGAAUUGGAGCAAGCGCAACAAUAACAGACGUCCCAGGAAAAAAGACUCCAAGUGUUCUAGUACAAGGGAAUCAGGUUUUAUACGUCUUCAAAUUAUUGACAGAGAAAUAUCAAAUUAACAAAAACUACAUAAAAGGAAUGGAAUUUGCACCUAAAAAGAAGAAAUGAAAUUGUUGACUACGAUGAAAAAGAAGGACUAGAAAAUCGUUAAUCGACGUGACAUUUAAAAUCCUCAGAGUUUUUGAAAAUGAAAUAAAAAGAAGACCAUCGUAUAAAGUGACAAGUGUUGAUGAACUUUAGCCCUUAACGAAAGUUACAUGUGAAUAUUUUUCUCUCGAGCUUAAAAUUACAGAAAUCAGUUUCAAGGAAUGAAUUUGAUGAGUCUUCAUUGCGAGUGAGUGAGAACAUUUUAAGUUGAUUUUUAAUUUUUUAAAUUAAGGAAGUAUCCGACAUAGAAUCUGAACAAAAGUCUGUCGAUUGUCAUAAGUUCCUAUUUUAUUUGAAAAAGUUAAAAAUAAUAAACUGAUUUAAAGAAGAAUUUUAGUUCAAAAUUCUAGAAAAUAAUAAUUGAAUGUUUUCGAAUAAUUUUACAAUUAAAGAAAUUCGUAAAUAAA